AUGCUCUCUACCGGCUUCACAGAUGUGCCAGUAACGCGCAGCCUUGUCUACGGAAUAUUCAUAACCUCUUUCCUCGCCAGUAUUACAGAUUCGAAGCAUUUCUUCUACAUACAAGCAGAUCCGCAUCUGCUGCGAUAUCAUCAGUUAUGGCGUAUGCUCACUUAUCAAUUGUGCUAUACCAAUUCGACUGAGGUGUUCUUUGGCGCGAUAACGUACUAUAAUAUGAGAGUGGUGGAAAGAUUAUGGGGAUCUCGUAGAUUUGCCUCUUUCCUGCUACUGUCCUUCUGCUUCACUUCGAUUAUAUCACCCAUACUAGUCAUCCUUCUACGACCUCUUUCUCUCUAUGCGAUAAAUUACCUACCUGCAGGACCUACAGCUCUUAUUUUCGCUACCCUGGCCCAAUAUCAUGCCAUCAUUCCACACCAAUACAAAUACAAAGUUGCUGCUACAUCUGCGCCAAUGACCGAGGAGAAUUUCGUAGGUGUCACUUUCUCAGAUAAAUCGUACAUAUAUCUCCCCGCUAUUCAACUGGGUCUUUCCCAAUUCCCGGGCUCGAUUAUAUCUGCUAUGGUGGGAUGGGUUAUUGGUUAUUGUUGGCGAAAUGAUGUGCUUCCUACAGCUAUCACACGAUGGAGAUUGCCAGGUUGGAUGGUGGGUGUUCAAGCUAGGAAAAGAAGUGAAGGAUUUGAGGGAAUGAGGAGAAGAUUAGAAGGGGAAAAUACUGCGGCGGCUACUGGAUCGGAUGGCCAGUCUGGUGGAGAAGUUGGGAGAAGGAGGACUUUGGCGAAUCAAUUUAUCGAUCAGUUCAGAGGAGCAUCGUGA